UGAAAAUUAAAAAUGAAAUGAAAUAACCAUAAUCAUUGAAAGUCACUAAACUUGUAGCAUUAGUGGCUGCCUGAGCAUAACUAUCACCUUAUAGAGAUUCCCCUUUAAACAUUUGUCACGCUGUUUAUUGUUCGUAAUAUUUACAUUUAACACGAUUCUAAACCUUUGAAAUUCACUAUUUAGGAAAUUGUCAUAAAAAUAUUAAAACGAAAGCUCAUAUUUGAUUUAGAAGAUCGAUUUAAUUGCCUCGGCAUGGGCUUAGUUUGCUUAUACCUUGGCCCAGCUUUGCCGGUGUUGCUGCUAUUAUGCGCAUGUGUUGGCAAGUUUUGGUCAGCACGUCCUUAGCUCGUCACCACUUUGAAUCCGCUCAUCGUUGCUCUAUACGCGCUCAGUGACGCGCCCUCCCGCAGUUUCACGGGCAGCUCGACUGUAGGCAGCGACUGUGCGCACAAAUUGAGAUGGAGGAUUUAAAAACUCCGCAGCGAUUAUUCCACAAGUCCUCUUUCAGCAUCAGCAGUCUGCUGUGGAGAAGAGAAGGGAUGGUGGAUGACCAGGACUCGCCCUCUUCUCCUUCCCUUCAUUCUGAGAAAACUUGUCAGGAGAACUUUGACAGCGACAAAAGCUGCGAAAACUCCAAACUAAGCUCUAAAAAGGAUAUCAAACCUCCGAAGCGAGAGGAAAAUAAAAGGGAAGCAAAGAAAACAGAAGAGGAAGAAAGCGUCAAACCCGAGAAGCCUCCUUUUAGUUACAACGCGCUCAUCAUGAUGGCGAUCCGCCAAAGUCCAGAGCGACGGCUGACGCUCAACGGCAUCUACGAGUUCAUCAUGAACAACUUCCCUUACUACCGACAGAACAGACAGGGAUGGCAAAACUCAAUCAGACACAACUUGAGUCUGAACAAGUGUUUUGUUAAGGUGCCGCGGCACUACGAUGACCCCGGUAAGGGCAACUACUGGAUGCUGGACCCCUGCAGUGACGAUGUGUUCAUCGGCGACACGUCUGGGAAACUCCGGCGCAGAGCCACGGUCAGUUCCAGGAGCAAACUUGGUCUGAAGAGAGGAGGGGGAGGUCGACUGAUGCCCCCCAACACGGCAGCCAGUGUUACAUUAGCCGCAGCAAGCUCGUUUUACUGGCCGGUGCCGCCGUUCCUUCCUCUACAAGCACCGGUGCGCGCUCAUGUCGGCGCGGGGACCUACCUGCGCGGCCAGCCGCGCCUGUCCAACCACGCUGCCUCGGUGGUUUCUCAUCAGACUCGGCUGAGUGCAGCAAGCACUGCAGACGCUGACAGGUUCGUGCGGACGCGCCAGGAGAUGUCCUACAUCGGAGUCAGCUGCGCGCAGUCACGGCGCCAUCAGAUCGGCUCCGCCUGCGCCUCCUUCUCCGCCACGUCCAUCCCCGCGUGCACCCUGCCUUUGUCGGACCCGUGCUCAUUUAACAUGAUCUCCGGACAGGCCAGCUACUUUUACUCCCACCAAAUACCAUGCGCAGCAGCAUUUAGUCCGUGUCCGGAGGAGUGCGGUGCUUCCAAGACUGGACAGCUUUUGUCCAAGGCUGGGCACUCAGAACUGGGAGGAUAUUGUACUGACUUUCCAAAUUACUGCCCUCAAGUCAGCUCAAGCCCUUCUUUUGGGAUAUAAAAAAAUGAGACUACGUCGGAAGAAAGAAAAAAAAACAUCAAUGUAGCAUUCAUGAAAAACAGAAAUUGAAGAAAUAAAAAAACAACUCAACCUAAACUGACAAGUGUAUGCUGAAAGUUUUGCUAUGAACGAAUAACCUGCGAAAAUGUUAAGUGUUAUAGUAAGAUGGAAAUGCAACUCGAAGAUUAUUAAUGCCAGGCAAUAUGUUGUAAAUAAAGCAGUCUCUUGGUGCUUACACUACUUAA